CCUUUACCUCAGGCUAGCAAUAGAUGCACAGUACUUAUUCCAUUGCACAAUAGGUCAGUUUCUCUAAUUAGGAGUUAAACCAGCAUGAAUUUUGAAGUACAAACAGUGUGAUAAAAAAGGCUAUGAUGUUUCAUCUAAUGCAUAUUUUGGACAAUUUUCGGUCAUAAUAAAUCACCUUACUGAAUGAGAUACGAGAAAUUAACAAUCCAGUUGCCUUGUCAACGUGUAUUUGCCGAUACUAAUUGACUAGCAUAUAUUUCUUUCCACAGGUUUCUUAGAUGGUGAUUGACACAAACUAUGAUCAAAGAACUUGAUACUCAAGAUGGUACACAAUCAAACAAUUACACACCAUUGCAAUAUUCACAAAAAGUUACAAGCAACCCAACAGCCAAUUGCAACAUAAAAGUGAGACUCAUCAUUACUAGGGUUGGCAAUUCUAGGCACAACCCGCAAAAUCAAUACAAAAUCAACACAAGAUUAGUGGGUUUGGGAUUAUCGGAACUGGGUGGUAAGCGAGUGUACUCUCCAGACCCUGGCAAUAAAUGGGUUGACAAGAACCAGCUAAACACGGCAUGUACAGACACGAAUCUAAGUAUACACGCCUCCAAAUGGAUCAUGCAUGGAUUGAAGAAAUUCCGAUCUGAGAAGAUUUAUUGUAUAAAAAUACGACGACAAAUUGACAUCUUUAAUCCUAACAAACAUCAACCCAAAGUCAGAAUAAGAAAGUUCAAAGAAUGACAUAGCUUAAAAAUAAAUGAUUCAAUUCACACCCAGCAAAGAAUCAUUAAACAACAUACCUCAACCAUAAGAACACCAGACAU